AUUAUUUUAAUUUUAAUUUUAUUAUUUAUUCGUUCUUCAUUCUGUUAUUUUCACUGUGGUUUUAUUUUGAAGGACAAUCUACCGUACUUCCGUUUCUUCGCAGCCAUUUAAUCCUUUUCCCACAAUGCUUUGUGUCCGCUGCUUCCUGUUUAUUGUGACCGUCUCCACCGGUUAAAACAUUACCGUUUAUGUCUCCGUGUCUCCGUCUAAAGCUCGGUGAGUAACCGAAUCACGACUCGUUUGACCGCGGAAUCCGGUUACCGUCGUUUAUUCCGCCGCUCGCUCUUUUAUUUUGACAGUUUACGUUCAGGGAGGAGAAGAUCCCUCCGCUUCCUCAUCACGGCCCCGACACUCCGCUCACAUACGGCUCUAUUUAACUCCUCCUCGCUUUACGACCAACGGGAAACACGUUUUUAAACGUUUUACGUUAUUAAACGUAACUAACGGAUGUUGUGAUGAGUUCGGCUUUCAGAUAAACAGAAUCAGAUGCUGUAGCUCCUCCCCACUUACAGGGCUGUAGCUCCUCCCCACUUACAGAGCUGUAGCCCCUCCCCCUCUACAGAGCUGUAGCCCCUCCCCACUUAUAGAGCUGUAGCCCCUCCCCCCUCUAAAGAGCUGUAGCCCCUCCCACCCACACAGAGCUGUAGCUCCUCCCUCCCUUACAGAGCUUUAGCUCCUCCCCCUCUACAGAGCUGUAGCUCCUCCUCCCCUACAGAGCUGUAGCUCCUCCCUCCCUUACAGAGCUGUAGCUCCUCCCCUCCCCUGGUUUAGGUCUAGGAUGGAGGACCCGGUCUCAGAGUCUGAUGCUCUGGGAGCAGACUUCAUCACGGUGGAGUUGGACACUCAGCCCAUCGAGUACGUGGUGAAGUGGGCCGAGGUCGGCUCUAAGUUCACCAUCUCCUGCGUGAAGAAGGACUCGGACGACCCGGCGGACCUGACGGAGCAGCUGAAGGUGGAGACGGAGGAGUCCUUCUUCGCUCCCUACGAGGAGGUGUUCCCCUGUGAGGUGACGGAGCAGAGCGUGGAGAUCAAGACAGACUCUGAUGACGAGGAGGACGAAGAGGAGGAGGAGGACACCGAGGAGGAGGAGGCACCGGUGGAGGCAGGCGUUAGCCGGACAGAUGGAGAGGUAGACUCGGACCUGGCCGACUUUGAGCCGGACGAGCGUCAGUACCGCUGCAGCUACUGUGGGAAGAGCUACAGCCACGCCUCCAGUCUGUACCGGCACCAGCAGACGCACAGCGGCAAGACCACCGGGGGCCCGAUGCCGCCCGCCAAGAGGGCCCUGGAGCCCCCCCACCAGGAGGCCCGCUACACCUGCCCCCACUGUGGGAUGAGCUUCAAAGGCAGCAGGAUGUUGGGGAGUCACCUGCGGCUGCACGGUAAAAGGAGGAUCCAUCCCUGUAACAUCUGUGGUAAAGAGUUCAACCACAGCUCCAGUCUGUCGCGUCACCGCCUCAUCCACAAGAAGGGGAGGGGCCUCCCUAAAGACGUCAAAGACGUCGCCCUCGGUCCCAACAUGGCCGCCCUGCGCCACUCGCUAAAGGCCGGCAGCAAGAACAAGAAGCCCAAGAGGCAGCAGAGGCAGCAUCAGCAGCAGCAGCAGCACGUGGCGUCGGCGGCCAUCUUGGAGAGUCAUGGCGGCGAUAAGUUCUACGCCUGCCCUCAGUGUGACAUGAGCUUCAGGACAUCCACACAGCUCUCCAAGCACCAGGUGACCCAUGUCAAGGACCUGCUGGACAACUACACACCGGGCAAGGAGAACUUGGGAGAGACCUCGUCAGACCUCAAGAUCCGACUCAAGCUCUGCUCCCGGGACAAGCCCAACUUCUACACCCUCUGCAAGAAGAACCGGCGCCGCCGGGCGGGUCGGGCCGGCAAACGAGCCUCCACCAUCUCUGAAGAGGAGGUGGGAGGAGGAGGAGGAGGAGGAGGAGGAGGAGGAGCCGGUCGACACGGGUGCAGCCAGUGUGGGAAGAGGUUUAGCCACGCCUCCAGUCUGGCUCGGCACCAGCAGACCCACCGUGCUAGCGGUGGGAAGCUGCAGCAGCACCACCAGAAGCAGAUCCAUGUCAAGACCGGACUCCCCGCCAAGACCAAGACCUACACCUGCGCGGCCUGCAACAAGACCUUCAUGCACUCGUCCAGCUUCUCCCGCCACAAGAAGGCCCAUCUGGAGGAGGAGCAACGGGCCGCCGCCGCCGCCAAGCGCCGGAAGAGGGUCGUCCUAGACGAAACCGCUCCGCUGGAGUCUGACUCCGAGUGACGGUUCGGAUCGUUUUUUUCGACCUGUUCUGGGUUGGUUCUGAAUCAGCACUGACUGGUUCUGGACUGGUUUGGGGCCAGUUCUGGAAAAGUUCUAAUUUAAAAGGUUCUGGACCAGUUCUCCACCAGUUCUGGACCAGUUGGAGACAGAUUCUGCGCUGCCAGGUUUUGUGAACUGGACCUGGUUCUUCUCUGGUGUAGAUAUCAGCAGGACAUCUCCAUAUAUGGUAGUACCAGACCGUUAGCUCUUAAGGAUGGGAUUCGAUUUAAAGUGUUACCCAAGCCCCGCCCUUCGCCCCGCCCCUCCACCUGUCUGUCAGGUUGCACAUGGACACUUUCAUUCUGCCGCCUCUACACUCCAUUUCCCAUCAGCCACCUGGGCAGACAGCUGGGAACUACUGUCGGCUAAUUUCCCAUCAGCCCCGUUACCCGAAUGAAGUAGACAUUCAAUGUCAGAGUGGAGGCCAACUUUAUAGCUGACUCAUUCAACACAGCACGCAGUGCAUUCUGGGAAAUUGAUCCUCUGAAGAACUUUGUGCAGGUUCAGGUCUGAUAUGGUUCAGGUCUGAUGUGGUUCAGGUUUAUGUUCUUUCCUCCCAGACUGGUUGUGAUUGGCUGAAGUUCUUUGCCGGUGCAGCGCUGCAAUUGGUCGAGCCGGCGUUUCCUCCACAUUAACGUUUGCAUGAAGCUAGUCGGCCAUGUUUGUAGUUUUUCGGCGGUGUUGUGGAGGUCGAAGGGUGAACUGCACUUCUUAUUUAUGAAUUUGGAACAAUGUUGUAAUAUAUAAAUAUUUAAAUGUGACUGACAAGUAAAAAAGACAAAAACUGCCCUCGUUACCGUAGCAACACCACCGCCACCUUCGUUGUUCUUCGUCGUCAUCGGGCAGACAGGAAGUCCAGCUUUUCAAAGUUAAAGCCUCCUUAAAGAGACAAAAGAAUCCAGAAUAAAACAGACGUAUGUGAAGUUAUUUAAAGACGGGUGUCUUGGACCAAUCAGGGACCAGGUCUUUCCCCCCCCCCCCAAGCCGUCUGACGGCAGAAGACACUUUGAGUUUGUGAAAACAACCUUUUACUGUGUGAAUUGGAUUUAAUUUAAUUUAAUGGUGAAACUAUUUAUACGUGUGUCGCACUACGAGCCUCCUGUAGAAGAUGCUCCUCAGCUUCUCUUCUUGUCCUCCGUACUUUGUUUGAUUGGUUUCCAGCGGAGCUUCACCUGCAGGUAGAAGGUUGUUCGUCAUCGUGUCGUGUUUAACAAUAGAAUGAAAACCCCAGUUGACAUGUUUUGUCUUGCGUUUUGUAAUAAACCUUAAAAAAGAAGUUUCCUCUGUUUGUCUUCACUGACCCUGAAGGGGUGCUACGGAAGCCCAGAGAGGGCUUUUUAAAUCACAUUUUAUGGAAAACAAUUCUUUCUGCUGCGAAAAAAUUAGAUAAAAAAAAGGAUCCUGCAAAUGUUGAUGACUUAGUUUCUCAGAAAAAGUUUCAAAUGUAUGAGAUACUACGUUACUUUACAUACUAGUUAUUUCAAGAUGCUUGCUUGUUAUUGGAGAAGGUAAACAUAGUAUAGUAUGACUAACUAUAGACCGAUUUCUAACCCUCCCUUCCUCUAAGAUCCUUGAGAAAUCAGUUGUGUGACUUUCUACGUAACAAUAGUUUAUUUGAGGAUUUUCAGU